AUGGCGCGCGCGUCCCUGAAGGGACUCGGAGCCGCGAGGGGGCGGCGACGCCGGCGGGCUCGCUCGCGCGGGGCCGCCGCUGGCUCCGUUCCCUCCCCCUCCCCCUCUCCGCCGCCCUCGCUCUCCCCCGGGCGGCCAGAGACUGCGGCGACGUCUGCGGGAAGCCAACCAAAACAAAGUUGCAAAAUCUAUUGGGUUCUUCCUGGCCCACUGCUCAUCCCUUCCGAUAGCUCCACAGAGCUCACCCAGACUGUUUUGGAAGGGGAAUCUAUUUCUUGUUUUCAAGUUGGAGGAGAAAAGAGACUCUGUUUGCCCCAAGUCUUAAAUUCUGUUCUCCGAGAAUUUUCACUUCAGCAAAUAAAUACAGUUUGUGAUGAGUUAUAUAUAUGUUGUUCAAGGUGUACUUCAGACCAGCUUCAUAUCUUAAAGGUCCUGGGAAUACUUCCUUUCAAUGCUCCAUCCUGUGGGCUGAUCACAUUAACUGAUGCACAAAGACUGUGUAAUGCUUUAUUGCAACCACGAACUUUUCCUCAAAAUGGUAGUGUACUUCCUGCUAAAAACUCAUUGGCCCAGUUAAAGGAAACUGGCAGUGCCUUUGAAGUGGAACAUGAAUGCUUGGGCAAAUGUCAGGGUCUCUUUGCACCUCAGUUUUAUGUUCAGCCCGAUGCUCCCUGUAUUCAGUGUCUGGAGUGCUGUGGAAUGUUUGCACCCCAGACAUUUGUGAUGCAUUCUCACAGAUCACCUGACAAAAGAACUUGCCACUGGGGCUUUGAAUCAGCCAAAUGGCAUUGUUAUCUUCAUGUGAACCAAAAAUACUUGGGGACACCUGAAGAAAAGAAACUGAAGAUAAUUUUAGAAGAAAUGAAGGAGAAGUUUAGUGUGAGAAAUGGAAAAAGAACUCAAUCCAAGACAGAUACAACACCAGGAAUGGAAUUACAAUCAUGGUAUCCUGUUAUAAAACAGGAAGGUGACCAUGUUUCUCAGACACACUCUUUUUUACAUCCCAGCUACUACUUAUACAUGUGUGAUAAAGUGGUUGCUCCAAAGUCUAAAGAGGUCACAAAGACAGAGGCAAAUCCAUUGGUCUCACAUAAUUCUACAAGUAAAAAGAAAUCAGAGUCUGCUACUUGUGCAAGAGACUCAAGCAAGCAUGAUGAAGCUUCAUCUUCAUUUCUUGUCAAAGAUGUUAUUUGUGAGGAUGAUAAGGGGAAAAUCAUGGAAGAAGUAAUGAGAACUUAUGUAAAACAACAGGAGAAGCUGAACUCAAUUUUGCAAAAGAAGCAACAACUUCAGAUGGAGGUGAAAAUGUUGAGUAGUUCAAAAGCUAUGAAGGAACUCACUGAAGAACAACAGAAUUUGCAGAAAGAGCUUGAAUCUUUGCAGAAUGAACAUGCUCAACGAAUGGAAGAAUUUUAUGUUGAACAGAAAGACUUGGAGAAAAAAUUGGAGCAGGUAAUGAAGCAAAAAUGUACCUGUGACUCAAAUUUGGAGAAAGACAAAGAGACUGAAUAUGCAGCACAGUUGGCAGAGCUGAGACAGAGAUUGGACCAUGCUGAGGCUGAUAGACAAGAACUCCAAGAUGAACUCAGACAGGAACGGGAGGCAAGACAGAAGUUAGAGAUGAUGAUAAAAGAGCUAAAGCUGCAAAUUUUGAAAUCAUCAAAGACUGCUAAAGAAUAGAAACCAUGAAAGAGAUUCAUUUGUGUAUUACUGACAGGGUUUUUUGUUUGUUGCUUGCUUUGGUGAUUGAAUCCUGAACAUCUUAUCUGCAUGAAGAUAAAUAGGCUUUCUGUCCAUUUGUAGAUCAGAGAAAGUGAAGAGAUUAUAUAUUAGUACAUAAAUUUUUACAUUUUCCAAAUGAAUGAAAUGUAUGUUUCUUUGUACUUUUUUUCACUCAGCUUGUUAACAGUAGUAUAUGGUUUCAACUAGUAGAUAAUUACCUAUAUUUCUAAUGCAAAAUUAAUAAUUGUAUACUUUUUAAAAGCUGCAUUAUGUGAUGGAAAAUAGUGAUCAAUUUUGUUUAUCCAUAUUUCAAACUCAACUUUAUAUAAAAUGGUGGUAUUAUAAUUCAAAUAUGUAAUAUAGAACUACUUGAGGAGUUGAGUCUCCAUUUUUCUCACCAACACAAACUCCUUUCUGAAUUCAUAUAGUACAUUCAUUAUUAUAUGCAAAAUUUGCUUUUACUUUGUUCAGAUUGUGGAACUGAAUUUCCACCAGUUUUCUUUUUGGUGUCUUCUAAGAGGAAUUUCAUUGAUGAAGUUAUAGCCCACCCUUGUACACAAUGGGCAAAGAUAACAUGCUUUGUUAGUUAUGCUUUGCUGCUAAACACAAGAAGCAUUGUAAUUUGUCUUUCAAUUUAAAUGUGAUUAUAUUUAGAAUUUUUUUGUAGUGACUUCAGAAAAAUAAUUUCUGAGCUUUUUAAUGGUGUUAGUAGUGGUGUGAAAAUAUUAAUGUUCUUGAGAAAACUGAUUCCAUUAAUGUACAUUGGUUUCUAUACAAUCCAUAAUCCUGUACAGUUUUUAUAUGUAGUUAUGGGUCUU